UCCCGGGCUUGGCAGUGCUGUUUUUUCGUUCUUUGUGAAACCGGGUCGGUGGUGAGAUCGGGAUGGGGAGUGGGUUCUCGCCCCCUUGGACGGGGAGCCGGAGACGGAUUAUUCUCUGCGGGGCAGCACCAACAAUUUUCCUUCGAUGUAACUAACUCUUCGCGCAUGCUCACUGUCUCCGGUUGGGUGGUGUUUUCCUUUCUGCUCAGUGCUGAAGCGAAUCGUCUGCGGGAUUGGGAAAAGGUCCUCCCCUCCUGGGUCAGGAAGCCAGGGAUCAGAUCACAGUCUGCGGGCCGAAGAUAUCAUUUUCCCAUCAUUAGACCUGCGGUGAGAAGUUUAUUUGAAGAAAAACCCCAACUGGAAGCAAACCACAGCUGAAGACGAGAGAACAGCAACAAGUGAAUUGGCCCGAGGACUGAGAACAGCAACUGGAGAGAACAACUCUGCAUCAAGAGACUCGGAUUUCCCAGUGAUUCAGUCAGGAGAAAGUUUGGGCCAUGCGUUAAGAAUUCUGCCGGCGCUGAAACGCCGAUGAAAUGCGCAGGCGUCAGGCUGAGGACGUCCCCGAGUAUCACGCAUGCGCGCAGUACACAGAAGGCUUUGAAAAUGUCGGCUACAGGUUAAAAACGAGAAGGAAUUUGUCGCCGGGAAUCUCAAACACAACACGCUAGUUUUGCUGUCUCUGUCUGGAUAUUUAAGAAGUGGAGCAAGGGAUUCACUCAAUCAUCAUUCCUGCUCAGACUGUGGGGAGGGAUUCACUCGAUCAUCCUUCCUGCUCAGACUAUGGGGAGGGAUUCACUCGACCAUCCUUCCUGCUCAGACUGUGGGGAGGGAUUCACUCGGUCAUCCUUCCUGCUCAGACUGUGGGGAGGGAUUCAAUUGAUCAUUUGACCAAAUAGCAAGCCAGUCAUUUUACACAGAAGAAAGGCUGUUCACCUGCUCAGACAGUGGGAAUAGAUUCACUCGGUUAUCACAAUUGAAUGUACAUCAGCAAGUUCACACUGGGCAAGGCCAUUCAUCUGUUCUGUGUGUGAGAAAGGAUUCAGUUGGACCUGUGGACACAUCAGUCAGUUCACACCACACUGGGCAGAAGCUGGUGAUCUGUUGAAUUUCUGAGAAAGGAUUCACUCAGUCAUUUGACCUAAUGGCUCACCAGCAAGUUCACACUGGGGAGAAGCCGUUCACCUGUUCAGUCUGUGAGAAGAGAUUCACUCAGUCAUCCCAACUACAGAGACAUCAGCGAGUUCACACUGGGGAGAAGCCAUUCACAUGCUCAGAAUGUGAGAAGAGAUUCACUCAGUCAUCCCAACUACAGAGACAUCAGCGAGUUCACACUGGGGAGAAGCCAUUCACGUGCUCAGAAUGUGGGAAAGGAUUCAGUGAGUUAUUUAGCCUACUUAGACAUCAGCGAGUUCACACUGGGGAGAAGCCGUUCACCUGCUCAGAAUGUGAGAAGAGAUUCACUCAGUCAUCCCAACUACAGAGACAUCAGCGAGUUCACACUGGGGAGAAGCCAUUCACGUGCUCAGAAUGUGGGAAAGGAUUCAGUGAGUUAUCCAACCUACAGAGUCAUCUGCGAGUUCACACUGGGGAGAGGCCGUUCACCUGCUCAGACUGUGGGAAGGGAUUCACACUGUCAUCCCACCUACUGGUACAUCAGCGUGUUCACACUGGGGAGAAGCCGUUCACCUGCUCAGUCUGUGGGGAGGGAUUCACUCAGUCAUCCCACCUACGGAGUCACCAGCGAGUUCACACUGGGGAGAAGCCAUUCACCUGCUCAGUCUGUGGGAAGGGAUUCACUUACUCAUCCCACCUACAGAGUCAUCAGCGAGUUCACACUGGAGAGAGGCCGUUCACCUGCUCAGUCUGUGGGAAGAGAUUCACUGAUCCAUCCAACCUACAGAGUCAUCAGCGAGUUCACACUGGGGAGAAGCCGUUCAGCUGCUUAGUCUGUGGGAAGAGAUUCACUCGCUCAUCCAGAUUACUGGAACAUCAGCGAGUUCACACUGGAGAGAGGCCAUUCACCUGCUCAGACUGUGGGAGGGGAUUCACUCAUUUAUCCAGCCUACAGAGUCAUCAGCGAGUUCACACUGGGGAGAAGCCAUUCAUCUGCUUAGUCUGUGGGAAGAGAUUCACUUGCUCAUCCAGAUUACUGGAACAUCAGCGAGUUCACACUGGAGAGAGGCCAUUCACCUGCUCAGAAUGUGGGAAGAGAUUCACUCGCUCUUCCACACUACAGAGACAUCAGCGAGUUCACACUGGAGAGGAGCCAUUUACCUGCUGAGAAUGUGGGAAAGGAUUCACUCAGUCAUCCUAACUACUAGCACACCAGUCAGUUGUUAUGAAUCCCUAGGUUUUGUUUGCUGUGGACUGUCAUUUUAAGAGAGAGAGAGAGAGAUUAGGAAGGUGAAUCAGUCUGACUUGCAGCUUGUUUACAUCACUCCCAGCUUGUUCAGUUUUAACUGAGGACACAGACGCUCAGAGUCAGACGGAGAUGAAUGAGGAAAAAUGGAAGGAUCGAAACAAGGGAAAUAGGUGCCAAGGGUCACUGUUUGGAAUUUUCCUAUGCCCACAAGUGUGGGUUAAUUAUCGAUUCAUUGUACAUCGAAUGUGUGGUUGUCACCUCGUUUGAUCCAUAGGAGUGGAUCUGAUUUGGGGUAUCCUGUGAAGACCACUGAUGUGUUACCCCUUGCCUGGGUGUGGUGUGGUAAUUCACUUGAAGAUGAUAUGCCUUGUGACAAGUCACUUUGGGUGAUAAUUAGUAUGUGGAUUUGGAAGGAUGACAGAUAAAAUCUACAGUGACUGUUCUCUUGUUUUACCACCAUGGAACCUGCGGAAUUUGACAUAAUUGCCUUCUAUCGACAUUUACCCUGGAUUACAAAUAUCUCUCUCAUCAGAUAUUCCGUGGUUGAACUGAACUUUCAUAAUUUACCAUCUGAAGACUCCAAGCCUUGUUUCCCCCUAGCUCAAUAGUUUCGGAUUUAUACUUACACACAUAUAUACACAUAACACUGUUAACUUUUGUUUAUCUUGCUUAAGUUACUAUAUUAUAAGUAGAUUCUAAUAAAGAUAGUUUUAAGAUCAAAAACAAA